AUGGAAUCAAAUCAGGUCGUGAUGGAGCAUAACGCAUGUGGGAUGAUAUCUUGUGACAAGAUUGAUCGGAUGGCUAAUUGGGUUGGAAAUAGCGUUGCGUCGGCGUUUUUCACCUCACUCGAACGCUGUUCAUGCAUCAAUCUCAGCACCUCUCAUGACGAUUUUGACGAAGGAGACGAUGAAGAAGAGGCAAAAGAUCGUCCGCUCAUGCUCACAAAACCUGUCAUCUUCGUUGAUGAGUCUCACCAUGAACCCAUUAAGGUUCCUCCUGUGUAA